AUGGCAGACUUCAAGCUAUCCGCCCAGCUGGCUGGCCACGACUCAGAUGUCAAGGCCGUCAGCUUCCCAAACCCCCAAACCGUCUUGUCCGCCUCGCGAGAUGGCAGCGUUCGAGUGUGGCGUCAAACCUCUGAUUCUCCUCCGACCUUCGAAGCUACCGUCUCGAGUCAAACUUCCGAAUUCGUCAACUCCGUCACAUACCUCCCACCUUCCGAAGCAUACCCGGAUGGACUGAUUGCCUCCGGCGGCAAAGACACCAUCGUCGAGGUCAAGCAGCCCCAAGCGGCUCCGAGCGACAAUGCCGAGCGCUUGUUGAUCGGGCACUCCCAGAACGUCUGCUGCCUUGAUGUGUCGCCCAAGGGAAACUACAUCGUGUCGGGUGGAUGGGAUGCUCAGGCCAUCGUAUGGAGUACCAGUACAUGGGAGCCCGAGAUUCGCCUCAGCGGCCACGACAAGAGCGUGUGGGCUGUGCUGGCGCUUGACGAGGAGACAGUUCUCACGGGCUGCGCCGACACGAAUAUUCGCAUUUACAAGCUGAACUCUGCCGUCGCCGGUGACGCCGAGCCCCAGUCCACCAUCUACACCCCCGAGGUCGUUCGCGCUCUCGCCAAGGUUCCCAAGGGCCACCCGAGUGGAGCUGAUAUCGCCAGCGCUAGCAACGAUGGCAUCAUCCGCCUGUGGAAGCUGAAUGGACAACAGGUUGGCGAGCUCAUCGGCCACGAGAACUUCAUCUACGCACUGGCGAGCUUGCCUUCGGGCGAAUUGGUCAGCUCCGGGGAGGACCGCACUGUGCGGAUAUGGAAGGGCAAUGAGUGUGUUCAGACCAUUACACAUCCCGCCAUCUCAGUGUGGACAGUGGCGGCGAACCAGGAGACGGGAGACAUUGUGACGGGUGCAAGUGACGGCGUUGCACGCAUCUUCACUCGCAGCUCUGAGCGGGCAGCAAGCGCCGAGGCCAUCUCCGCAUUCGAGGAGUCAGUAAAGGCCUCAGCGAUCCCUCAGCAACAAUUACCCGACAUCAACAAGGAGAAGCUUCCAGGCCCCGAGUUCCUCCAGUCCCGAUCGGGAACUAAGGAGGGCCAGGUGCAGAUGAUCAAUGAGGGCAACGGCUUGAUUACCGCCCACCAAUGGUCUCAAAGCCAACAGCAGUGGAUCAACAUCGGCACUGUUGUCGACUCAGCAGGAAGUAGCGGAAAGAAGACGGAGUACAAUGGCAAGUCAUAUGACUUUGUCUUUGACGUUGACAUCGAAGAUGGCAAGCCGCCUCUGAAGCUGCCGUUCAACCUGUCGCAAAACCCCUACGACGCUGCGACCAAGUUCCUCAAUGACAAUGAGCUUCCCCUGAGCUAUUUGGACAAUGUCGCGAGCUUCAUCACCCAAAACACUCAAGGCGCGACGCUUGGGCAGUCUGCGCCAGCGGGAGCCGACCCAUACGGCACGGAGUCGAGAUACCGUCCUGGUGAGUCCGAGCCAGCGGCCCCGAAGCUUUUGCCUCAUACCGAGUACCUCUUCAUCACGGCGGGCAAGUAUGAUGCGAUGGUCAACAAGAUCCUGGCCGUCAACGCGAACAUGAUCUCCUCUGGUCGCAAAGACGCCGCUCUGAACCCCGCCGAGCAAAGCACCCUAAAGGCUGUCAAGCAGGCCGUCGAGACUUCCAAGCCUGUUAGCCAGGAAGGCAUUGACCUAGCAGUCAAGAUCGUCACGCACUGGCCCUACUCUGACCGUCUCGCUGGCCUGGAUCUCCUGCGAUGCGUCGCCCCGGCACCGCUCGCCGCCGACCUGGCGGCCCCGGGGGCAUCGUUCCUCAAGAUUGCCUCGAUCAGCGCGUUGGAAGCCACGGACGGCGCUGCACCCAACGAGAACUCCGCCAUGAUGGCUCUGCGCACGUUCGCCAACAUCUUCAGCUCACCCAAGGGUCGGGCGUUGGCGGCAAAGGAGGCCGACCUCGCCGCGACGGUUCUAGAGCGGGUGCUCGGCAUCUCUGGCGGCGCGCCAAUCGGGCAGUUCAACCGCAAUGUUCUCAUCGCCGCAACCACCACUCUCAUUAACUACGCCGUGCUUGCCUCCAAGGAGAAGACGGCACCGCAAUCCAAGCGUUUCAUCACGGCCCUCGGCAAAAUCCUCUCCGCGCAGACCGACCCUGAGGUUGUCUACCGGGCGCUUGUUGCGUUGGGGACGUACGCAUCUAGCAACAAGGUCGAGGUGAAGUCGCUGGGAGGCGAGGGCUGGGUCAAGACUGCUAUCGACAAGGUGUCGGAAGCACGGGUGAAGCAUGUGGGCCAGGAGGCUCUUCAGCAUCUGUGA